AAUAUCGCUACCCCCAACCCAUUUUCUUCAGAUUCAUUUCUAUACUUUGCCUUCUCAAUUCUUAGUUAUCAUCGUUAAUCUAUAAUUCCAUUUAAUGGGUGCUCCAAUUGCCAAUGCCAUUCCUCUUAUUACACCAUACAAGAUGGGCAAUUUCAAUCUCUCUCACAGAGUUGUUAUGGCACCACUCACUAGGAUGAGAUCCUACAACAAUGUUCCACAGCCUCAUGCUAUUCUCUAUUACGCUCAGAGAGCUUCUCAAGGAGGACUUCUCAUAGCGGAAGCUACUGGUGUUUCUGACACUGCUCAAGGAUAUCCAAACACACCAGGUAUAUGGACAAAAGAGCAAGUGGAAGCAUGGAAACCUAUUGUAGAGGCUGUUCAUGCUAAAGACAGUGUCUUUUUCUUGCAGAUUUGGCAUGUUGGAAGGGUUUCAAAUUCAAUUUAUCAGCCGAACGGACAAGCUCCGAUAUCUUCUACAGAUAAGGCAAUCACAAGUAAUGAUCAACAACAAUUCACGGCACCAAGACGACUAAGGACAAAUGAGAUUCCUAAUAUUGUCAAUGAUUUCAAACUUGCUGCAAGAAAUGCUAUUGAAGCUGGUUUUGAUGGGGUUGAAAUCCAUGGAGCUCAUGGCUAUCUACUGGAUCAAUUCAUGAAAGAUAAAGUGAAUGAUAGAACCGAUGAAUAUGGUGGAUCACUUGAAAAUCGCUGUCGGUUUACAUUCGAAGUUGUUGAAGCUGUUGCAAAUGAGAUAGGAGCAGAUAAAGUUGGAAUAAGAUUAUCACCAUUUGCUGAAUAUGCAGAAAGUGGAGACUCCAAUCCCAAUGCUUUGGGACUCUAUAUGGCUAAUGCUCUCAAUAAGUAUAACAUUCUGUACUGUCACAUGGUGGAACCAAGACUGAUACAGACCUUUGAUCCAGUUGAAACCCCUCACAGUUUGGAGCCAAUGAGAAAGGCAUUCAAUGGAACUUUCAUGGUUGCAGGAGGUUAUAACAGACAAGACGGGAUAAAAGCUAUAGCUGAAAACAGGGCGGAUCUUGUUGUUUAUGGUCGUUGGUUCAUAUCUAAUCCAGAUUUACCAAAGAGAUUUGCACUCGAUGCUCCUCUCAACAAGUAUAAUAGGGAGACAUUCUACUCUUCAGAUCCAGUUAUUGGUUAUACUGACUAUCCUUUCUUGAACGAUGAAACACCGGUUGAAUCCAAGGCUUGAUCUUCCAUACUAAAUAAGCUUUUUUUUUCCUCGCACACAUUGGUUAUUGUAGUAAGUUAGUCGGUUACAUAAUUUUGUUGCUGAGAAUAGUUUUUCUUAUUGAUUCUUCUCGUGCUUUGUUUAAAACUAUAAUGUAUUUGAUAUUAAUAACAUCUGAUCUUUGUGUUAA